AGUUCCUCUCCAGAUGGUCUAGUCUCCAUCCUGAAGAGGAGGAGAGCAUCACUGGAUGGGCUACCUCCCGAAAGCGAAAUAGCUACUAAACAGAACUCCAAACGGAAGGUCCGCUUCAGUGAGCCAGAGGACGGCAUUGAGCAAGAUGAGGUAGGCGGAGAUUCCUGCCUGAUCCUUCUGCUGCUGUGUCUGGUCACCGUGGUGAUCAGCAUAGGCGGGACCGCCCUCUACUGCACGCUGGUAGACACUUACUCCAACAUUUGCACUGACUUCACUCACAACGUGGACUAUUACAUCAUGAACAUGCGGAGGUUCUUCGAAGGGCUCAGACGCUGGCUACCCCUCCGGACUUAGACCUUUGUAAACAACUGCUGUUUCAGACAUGUGCACUGUCAAAGACAGUGUGAAAAAGAAAGCAAGAGUUCCUGAAAGCAACUGUAAUCCUCAAUGUGGGAUCUACAAACAUUGAUCUGACGCUGCCAUCCAGAGUGUUUAAAGUUUAAACUCCUACAGUGACUGGAGCUUGGGUCUCUUGGCUCACAAGACUUAUGAAUUUGAGCUAUCACCCAUAACGAAUGGGUGCUCAAAGCAACUAAACAGUAAAACUGGUGUGCAUGUUGUCGGAGAGUUCAAAAACUCCUACUUACUGCUGUUUGUGUGGACAUUUUAUCCUAAACUGAACCAUACACAGGGGAUCACAACACUUCGCAACAAUGUUUAUAUUUUAACAGAAGAAGUUGUUUAUGGGUGUUCAAAUGUUUCCCUUACAUUUUGUAGCUGAUGUAGCUUUGUCUUUUGUUCCAGAGGAUUUCUUGUUCUGGUUGUUAUGUUUUAACCUACACAGAGAAAGCUAUGUUUGGAAUAAUUAGGAUUGUAUGUGUUGUUUUUUGAAAGAUUAAUGGGCAAAAAGAUGAUUUUUAAACUCAUGUUACUAUUAUAUUUUCCUCUGUUGACUCAUCCCUGUAAUUGAAUAUAUUGUAGGGCUGUACACCUUAUCAGACAACAAAGAUUUAUUUUAUUUUUGCAAAACCCUGAUUUGAUGUGGCCCUUUAUGAAAAGGAUAAUUUCAUAACAGCGAGUCAAUUCUGCUAUCUCUAACAAAAUACAUUUCAUUGUAGUUAUCAUGAUAAUCAUUAUGUGAUAGUCAUUUAACUCUACAAAUUCAGGUGUUUAUACUUUUGGUUCCCAAUGUUUCACGCUUUAGUCGUGUACAGUAUAUCCCUAAUCCUGGUCUAAAUGUGGAUUCAUGAUUUAUAUUUAGUCUCCUCCUGCAGUUGGCAAAAAGGCUGCAUCAUUAUCUUAAAAACCCAAUGCGGACAGAAGAUACAUUUGGAUUGUGUAUGAGACACCAGAUCACAGUAAAAAAACAAGCACACAUUAUUUUAAUUCAAGUUUAUAACCCUAUUUCUUCCUAAAAUAUUUAUAUGUCCUCAUUAUCUGCAUUGGGAAAGGAUCUACAAAGAUUGAUCCAUUAUUUGUCAUCUAUUAAAUGAAUAGCCAACCAUUUUUAAAAGUCUAUUAAAAUGUUGAUAUGUUAAACAUAUAUUUGGCUUUUUA